CCCGCGCGGCCAUGGCGGGGCCGGGCCCGGGCCCCGGGGACCCUGACGAGCAGUACGAUUUCCUGUUCAAGCUGGUGCUGGUGGGCGACGCGAGCGUGGGCAAGACGUGCGUGGUGCAGCGCUUCAAGACGGGUGUCUUCACGGAGCGCCAGGGCAGCACCAUCGGCGUCGACUUCACCAUGAAGACGCUGGAGAUCCAGGGCAAGCGGGUCAAGCUGCAGAUCUGGGACACGGCUGGCCAGGAGCGCUUCCGCACCAUCACCCAGAGCUACUACCGCAGUGCCAACGGGGCCAUCCUCGCCUACGACAUCACCAGGAGGAGCUCCUUUCUGUCGGUGCCCCACUGGAUUGAGGAUGUGAGGAAGUACGGGGGCUCCAACAUUGUGCAGCUGCUGAUUGGGAACAAGUCUGACCUCGGCGAGCUCCGGGAGGUCCCGCUGGCCGAGGCGCAGAGCCUGGCGGAGCACUACGACAUCCUGUGUGCCAUCGAGACGUCUGCCAAGGACUCGAACAACGUGGAGGAGGCCUUCGUGAGGGUGGCCACAGAGCUGGUGAUGAGGCAUGGGGGCCCUCUGCUCAGUGAGAAGGGCACCGACCACAUCCAGCUGGACAGCAAGGACAUUGGAGAGAGCUGGGGCUGCGGGUGCUGACCGGGGUGCCGGGCAGGCAGGCAGGGGCCUCCCCACCUUCUCUCUUUCUGGCCUGCCAAGCCCAGCCUACACAACUGGCCCUCCUGGAUGCCAGCAGUUCUGGGGCAGCUGGAUAAAGUCCUGGAAUUAACCAUCCUGGGGCCUGGAUGCUUGAAGGAAGACGCAGGAGAACCUCCUGCACAGGAGAACUGUGGGCACAGGGUAGGGUGUGGGGCCCAUCUUGCCAGCCAGCGGCUGUCCCCCCAAGUUCUUCACAUUCCAGCACUGGCCUGCAUGGACAGCGUGGGCGUGGGGCCAGGAGCGUGCCUCCCCCCCCCCCACACCGCGCUGGUUCCGGCCAUCUCACACCCAGGCAGCUGUGGCGGCGGGGUAGCCUGCUGAUUCCCUGGGAUGGGGCUGGUGCCAGGUCUUCCAGGCCCUUCCAGAGCCUCCAUAUGUAGCCGCUGAGAGCAAGGGCGACUGGCCCAACGGACUCAGCUCCUGAGUCGGGGACGCCCUGACCCUCCCGGGCAUGGAGCCUUCUUCCUCUCUUCACUGCCAGCUCUGAAUUCACAGACACCUUGUGGCCAGCUCGCUCUCAGCAAAGCCACUCAAGUCUUCUGGUUUUCCAUGUAGCUUCUCGUUCUCAUCAGCACAGGCAAGGGGUAAGGGCGCACAGCCGAGUGGGGACUCUGCUGGCGUGCAGCCCUACGUUUUGACACUCGGAUUGCAAAACCAACUCCUUUUGGGGCACCAGCUCUCAGAAGCUUGGGGAUAGGGGCCUGAGAGAGGAACUGGACCUUUAAGAGAAAAGUGAAAGCUGGUGUUCCCGAGGUCCAGGUCUGAGAGUGAGCCUGGACACCCAGGCUUCACCCACGUGCUGCCUCUCCAGGUGCAGCCUACAGGCUAGGCCCCGGCAGUCCGUGGUUGGCUUGGACUACCCCCCUUUUAAUGGCCUUUCCCUGUCCUGGGCUCUGAGGCUGGAAGGCAGGCGCGAGUUCUCUGGGCAUGGCUCAGGGGACGGUGGGGACUACUGGGGGCAUGUGAUGUGCCCCACCAACCCUGCCCUCCAGUCCAGCCCCUCUGGCCCCUCAGUGUGGCGCCCCAGGAAGUGAACUGCCCUCCAGGCCAUGCCCUCAGCCAAAGGGGCCGGAGCCCAGGCGGCCCCCUGCUCAUCCCAUCGUGCGCCUUUGCCUUCCCCUCUGAGCACUGUGGUCUGCAGGGCUCUCUCCCAGGCAGGCCUGGGGGAGGGCUGGAAGCCAGAGGCCUGGAGCAGCCCACGGUGGUAGCAGCCCUGGGGUCUGCCCUGAGGGGAGUCAGCUGAGGUGGGAGCUGGAAGCAGGAAGACCGCCUGCCUGCCUUCCUGAGCAGCCCUGCUGAUGGGAUGGGCUGAGCAGGGCCAGGGCCAAGCAGCUGGCAGGGAGAGGUGGUGGUGUCUGCCCUGUUCGUGGCGCCUGGGCUCUGCCAGCAGGUGGAAAGUGCCUGUAAGAGGACCCCAUUCAGGCCAAACGCAAUGGCCCUCCAGCCCCUUGACCUCUGCAGGGGGCUGACGUUCGGGCACAGCUAGGAGAGAAUCUCACAAAGCCUGACCUCAGAAAUCUGCUGCUUUGGGGGCAAGGCGCAGGUAGGGGUUUGGAGCAGAGGCCUGGGCCUAUUUCCAGGGUUGACUUGCCACCUAGUUCCAGUCGAGCACAUGGUGACUGCCCCCUCAGAAGCCUCUCCUUCACUGGUGCCCUCGGCUGCCGCGAGGAGCCAGGCUGGAACAGGGAUGGGUAGCUGGCUGGUGAUAGUUCAUUUGGCACUUGCCCUGCAAGUCAUGCUGGUCCCCAGGACCGACCUGAAGGCCAGGGAAGGCUUAGCUGGGGAGGGCUGGCCCAGCCUGGGUCGGGAGCUUUCCUCAUUGGUGGCUUCUUGGCUCACCCAGCCACCAAGGAACGAGCACCUCGCUUCCUCCCCUUUCACAGCCCAAGAUGUCAGAAGCUUGGACUAAGGGGCCCCUGCUACCCCAUCCUCCAUGCUUGGGAGCAGCCUCACACUCCAGGGGGUUUAGCCUAGAAUCCAGGGCGCCCGGGCUCCUUAUGUUCUCCCUACCCCCCAUGGUGCUGGGGAUGCCACCUUUACGACCCCCUGCCCCUCCACCCCAGACAGACCCCAUCCCCUCACUAACCUCCUUGCCCUGGGGCUCCUGUCUCCACCACCCAAGCUACGGCUUGCUCCUCUGAGUGGCUGGUCUGAGGUCGCCCUGGGCCGUCUCCCUGCUCUCCCGCCUCCAGGGCUCCGGAGCAGCCCGUGCUCCUCCAGGAUGUCCAGACCUCCACAGCCCACCCUGCCCCAGACCCCUUCUGGCCCGCCCCCCUUUACCCGCCCUGCCUGUUGAUUCACGUCUCUUAGAACCUACAAGUGACCCAGCUGGUUAUACCCCAAGUUUGCCCACCGCACCCUCCAGCAAGAAUGAGUUUUUCCCCAGCCCUUGGCCUGCAUGGCUCCCCUGCCCCGGGCUGAGGUCGUCUCCCACUGAGCCACCCACCAUCCCACCAGGCCCCUCCAAGGGUAACAGGCAGCCUGGGGGCCUGCUCUGUAGUGGUCCCUCAGGCAGGGCUCACCACCUCCUGGCCCAGGCCUCCGUGCAGGAAAUGGGGAAGUGUGUGAGACAAAAAGCAAGAUGGGCCAGCCCCUCUCCCAGCGGGUCAGGGCCUCUGGGCAGGGACAGCUGAAUCUCUCUCUUGGUUUAUAAAUUGCAAAGAACAAGGACAGGUAGGGUCAGGGUGAAGGGGAGGAGGCCAGGAAGUAUCCUAGCACCCGUCUCCUGAGGGCAGAGGCUGAGUCCUGUCCCUGUGCUGGAGGGUAGGUCUCUGUCCCCCUGGGAGUGGCCUUUAACCUUGAGGACACAGGAUGGGCAGGUUUGGAGCUGGAGGAGCUCCUAAUUCAUAUUGAAUUCAGUUCACUUUCCCAGGAGGGCUGUGCACGGUAGGGCCCCCCGGAAGCUGUGACCCCUGCUGGCCUGGACUGCUGGGGUGGGGCGCACCUCAGCCAACCCAAGGAUGCCAUUUGCAUUUGGGGAUUUUUCACAUUAUCUAUUUAUGAACAUACAAAUCUUUAUAUCGAAUCUAUUUUUUAAAACAUGGAAACGUUGCCUUCAUGGAGACUUAGGAGAGCCAGAGUGUGCACAUUCCUCAACCAUUAAACAGAUUUCUGU